AUGUCGCAAGCACUUCGUUUUGAUGGACGUACAGUUGUCGUAACAGGGGCUGGUGGUGGUCUAGGUCGUGCUUAUGCACUUGCUUUCGCUUCCCGUGGUGCCAAUGUGGUAGUUAAUGAUUUAGGUGUAUCUCGUUCUGGCGAUGGAUCCUCUUCUAAUGCUGCUGACAAAGUAGUCGAAGAAAUCAUAAAAGCCGGAGGUAAAGCCGUUGCCAAUUAUAAUUCUGUAGAGGAUGGCGACAAAAUAAUAGAGACGGCCCUUAAAGCAUACGGUCGUGUCGAUAUAGUAAUUAAUAACGCAGGUAUUCUUCGUGAUGUGUCAUUUACAAGAAUGACUGAUAAAGAUUGGGAUCUCAUCCAAUCUGUUCACGUUCGUGGAUCUUACAAAGUAACAAGGGCUGCUUGGGACAUAUUCAGAAAACAAAAGUAUGGCCGAAUAAUUAAUACAGCUUCGGCGGCUGGUAUCUAUGGAAACUUUGGUCAAGCCAAUUAUAGUGCAGCCAAACUUGCACUAGUUUCAUUUACAGAAACAUUAGCUAAAGAAGGAGAGAGAUCAAAUAUUCAUGCUAAUGCUAUAGCACCUAUAGCUGCAUCUCGUAUGACAGAAACUAUUAUGCCACCAGAUGUUUUAGAAGCUCUAAAACCAGAAUUUAUAGCUCCUUUAGUUCUCUAUCUUUGUCACGAGUCAACCGAAGAAAACGGAAGUUUAUUCGAACUCGGUGCAGGAUUCGUCGCGAAACUUCGAUGGGAACGGUCAAAAGGAGCGGUAUUUAAAGUUGACGAUAGUUUCUUACCGGGUUCUGUGGCUGCCAAAUGGAAUGAAAUUACAGAUUUUUCGCAACCCGAUUAUCCAAAAUCACCAGCAGAAACUGAUUACACCUCGUUGCUCGAACAAGCCAAAUCAUUGUCUUCAAAUCCUAAAGGUGAAGACGUCAGAUUCGACGGAAAAGUUGUGAUUGUUACUGGUGCAGGUGCAGGUCUCGGUAGAGCAUACGCGCAUCUAUUUAGUAGAUUGGGUGCCUCGGUGAUAGUUAAUGAUGUAGGCACAAAAGAUGGUCGCAAAUCUGCAGAUAUAGUUGUUGAAGAAAUAAAGAAAUUAGGUGGCAAAGCAGCGGCGAAUUAUGAUUCAGUCGAAGCUGGAGAAAGUGUCGUUGCCACAGCAAUUAAAUCUUUUGGAAAAGUUGAUGUAGUUGUUAAUAAUGCCGGUAUUUUGAGAGAUAAAUCAUUCGCCAAAAUUACUGAUAAUGAUUGGGAUCUAGUACACCGGGUUCAUUUACGAGGAACUUAUAAAGUUACCAAGGCAGCAUGGCCAUACUUCUUAAAGCAAAAAUACGGUCGUGUAAUUAACACCUGUUCUACAGUCGGUCUUUAUGGUAAUUUUGGCCAAGCAAAUUAUAGUACAGCGAAACUUGGUAUCCUCGGAUUUAGUAAUACACUCGCACUCGAAGGUGCCAAAAACAACAUAAUAGUAAAUACUAUUGCCCCUAAUGCUGGCACUGCAAUGACUGCUACUGUUUGGCCAGCAGAAAUGGUCGAAGCAUUUAAGCCUGACUACGUUGCUCCAUUCGUCGCCUUUUUAGCAUCAGAAAAUGUUCCAACUAGUGGAUCGGUAUUUGAGGUGAGUGGUGGAUGGAUAGCUCAAAUUCGUUGGCAACGAGCUGGCGGUGUUGGUUUUCCUAUCACUAAACCACUUCAACCAGAAGAUAUCGCGUCCAAAUGGGAAGCAAUUGUGAAUUUCGAUGACGGUCGUGCUACUCAUCCAACCACUACUCAAGAAGCUCUACAACAAUUCUUUGAGAACUUUUCCAAUACGCAAUCUUCAGGUGAUAGUAAAUCAGCGAAAAAAGAAAAAUCUGAACAGAAAGAGAGUGGUGGAAUUGAUGUAGAAGCAGCUAAACAAAUUAAAUUCGAACCAAAGGUACACGUUUAUACUGAAAGAGAUGUGAUACUUUAUGCGCUUGGUGUUGGUGCUACGCGUAAUGACUUGCAAUGGGUUUAUGAGAACAGCGAUGGUUUCUCCGUGUUGCCAACUUAUGGUGUAAUUCCUAUCUUGGCUGCGCUACCUGUCGAUAAAUUUACAGAAAUUUUGGGAGAUUUUGAUUUGAUGAUGCUUCUUCACGGUGAACAAUAUCUCGAAAUCAAAAAACCUAUACCCACAUCCGGCAAAUUAUUAACAACUCCUCGUGUCCUCGAUAUUUUGGACAAAGGCAAAGGAGUAUCUAUUAUAUUUGGUUUGACAACCAAAGAUGAAAAAGGAGAUGUAGUGCUAGAAGGCGAAGUAAACUUAUUCAUUCGUGGAAUUGGUGGAUUCGGCGGCAAAAAAACCCGCACAGACUCUGGUCCCGCCACCGCGUUGAAUAAACCUCCAAAACGUGCUCCAGAUGCUGUUUUAUCAGAAAAAACACAUGAGGAUCAAGCUGCGCUGUAUCGACUAAACGGUGAUCUCAAUCCAUUACAUAUCGAUCCGGAAAUGUCGGCAAUGGGUGGAUUCGAAGUCCCGAUUCUGCAUGGUCUUUGUUCUUUUGGGAUUUCUGCGAAGCAUGUUUUGAUUAAGUUUGGUAAUAAGGAUGCAAAGAGCUUCAAGAAUAUUAAAGCGAGGUUUGCGUCUCCUGUGAAUCCUGGCGAGACACUCGAAACUCAAAUGUGGAAGGAAGGAAAUAAAGUAAUCUUUCAAACUCGGAUAGUUGAACGAGACGUAAUCGCAAUUGCUUCUGCAGCUGUGGAAUUGGAUGAACAAGUCACUAAAGCCAAACUUUAG